UUUUAGAUUUAGUUUCAAAAUUUUUCUCACACUGAACUACAAUAUGGCAAACAAAUUAUUAAAUAAAGCUGUAAAAUCUGACGGAGAAGGACGGAAAUUCGAAGCUUUAUCAAUCUAUGAGCACCUAGUGUUUAAACUGAUGCAAAAGCAGACUGCGCAAGGCUAUAAAUCCAGAGAACUAAUGCAAUUAACAAAAAAUUAUGUCGAACGCAUUGAAGUUGUAAAAGCUUUUAUAGAUAAAAAAUUUGCUCCUGCAAAACGAAUUAGAACCAAACUCUUCAUGGACGAUUCUGUUGGUGCUGGUUACAAUGAUAUGUUUCAACCCUAUUUGCGAUCGAAAAUCACUGAAGUGGAAAUUGAUGAGCCUGAAAUGAAUGAGAGCAAGCAUUACAAAAACUUAACAGAUAUCAUUAUUAUGCUUACAGAUUCAUGUCCACAUUUAAAAUAUAUACGGUUUGUUACUACUUAUGAUCCUAAGCCGGAGGCAACACAGAAACGAGCACUGAUUAAAGUGAAGAAUAGCAUGCUUAAACGAGGCAUUGGGAUGGGAAUAAAGUGUACAGAUGAAAAUGUGGAGGCUAAAGUUAUUUUGGAUAAUGGAUAUAUCAUUAAGACUGGUUUCGGAAUUCAUUAUCAUAAGCUGGCGUUUGACGAAAAUGGUAAAGUAACUCAGCCAGAUGACCGAAAUGAACAAAAAUGUAAUUCUACUGCGUUUGAAGUUUGGAGGGCAGCUGGUUUCUAAUACUUCAUCUUCUAAUAUUUCUUGUCAUAUGAAAAUUAAGUGAAAGUAUUUAGUAGUUUCUUGCUUUCACUGUUAGUAAAAAUCCUCAUCCAUUCAGAAAGUAACUGUCAAAUAUUAGAAACUGUCAAAACCUUAUCAAAAACCAAGCUUGUGAAAUCCUGUCAAAAAACUUCCAGUACUGUAAUUUGCUGCACUUGUCCUAAGUAUACGAAACGAUCAUUAUAUUACUACAUAUAUAAAGCUAUAUAUAUUUCUUAUAAUAUUUAUAAUAAUACCA